CCGCUCUGCGCGUUUUGCGGGCUUUUCUUCCCCAACCCUCCCUGACGCGGCGUCUGUCCGCCUUUGAUCCCCAUUCGGAGCCUGCGAUUCCGACAAACAUCGGACUAUCGCCACUAUAUUUCUACUCGACCGAUCCAUCCUCCGUCCAGUCGUGCCACCCCAAGAGCGAUGGCUAGAAAGGAUCUCUUCUCUCGCCGGCGCCGGGCCCCCCUCCGGCGGCCGCGCGAUGAGGACCGUCUCAAUGCCCUCUCCGACGACCUGAUUCUCCAGAUCAUGGGCCGUCUCGACACCCGCAGCGCGCUUGGCGCCGCCGCGCUCUGCAGGCGCUGGGCCCACCUCCCUCGCGAGCUCCCCGCCCUGGAUCUCAAGGUCAGCGACGCGCUGCCGCCGCGCUACCGACGGUGCAUCGCCCUCCUCCACGAGGCAGUCAUAUCGGACGCGCUGAGCGGGUGCAGCCGCAGGCUACGUCCCAUCGUCGGACGGUACGAGCGCCGCGCCAUGCGCGCCAUGGUCUGCUCCGUCAGGAGCCUCAGAGCCGGCCGCCACCGGCGUGUGUGCGGCAAGCUGUCGCUCGAGUUCUUCGCCUUCAGCACCUCCGCCACCAUCAACCGCCUGGUCGUGGACGCCGUCGAUUCCUGGGGCGUUGAGGAUCUGGAGGUCGUCGCCAAGUCGACGGAGCCCAUCACACAUCUCCGUCCGGUCUACAAAUUCCCCCGUGGUCGCAUCAGCAGGAAGCCCGGCGAGUCCCGCCUUCGAAGCCUCAAGCUCGUCAAUUGCUUGCCCCCGCCGCUGGAGGGGUUCACCGCGCUCACCACGCUCCUGCUGCGGGACUUGCCCCGCUCCACACCCGCGGCCGUCUACGAGGGCGUGGUCACCGCAUGCCCGCAGCUGCGGGUUCUGCAUCUCGUCUCCUGCUCCUUCGACAGGGAUACAUCCGGUUGGCUGGUGUUCGACGCGCCCAUGUCAGAAAUCAGAGAGCUUGUCGCUGACGGCCCGUUCAUGACCGUCAAGCUCCGCUCUCUGCCCAAGCUCGAGAGCCUCGCUGCCGUGGAUGCCAUGGUUCUGUUGUGCUCGGACGCCAACGUCCCUUGCCUUGCGCAUGUGAGCCUCGUCUUCUCCAUUGGUCCACUGGACAACCACUCUAUUGUGAACCACUUGAUUUGGAUGUUCAUGCUCUCGUUGAAAGACAAGGGCAUCAGCAUGAAGAAUCUCAUUCUGCGGUUUACUGGGCCAGAGAUGUGGAUUGCACCCAACCUGAAGAAUCAGUUUUCUCUGAUGCCCAAUCUGAAGAAGCUGCUUGUUGCCGAUGUGCCAUCCUCCUGGGAUGUAUCAUGGCCGCGCGUCCUCAUCCAGGCAGCACCACUGCUGGAGAGCCUCCAUGUCCAUGUUUCCCAAUCCCAGUGCCAACAUGAUGAGGAGCCAGAUCAUCAGAAUGUCUCCUCCUGCUUGCAGCAGCCAUCAUCUUCUUCUUCUUCUUGGCAGCGCCACCGCCAUUUGAAGGAGCUGGUGGUUGUUGGCUUUCAGAGCAUGAGCAGGAUACAUCAUCAGGUAAUCUACCUCGUGAGGUUCGCGGUGGAUACUUCGACGGCGCUGAGCCAUGUUGCGGUGUUCAAGCAUGGUCAUGUGGAGGACAAGGGGGGACCCUGGGACUGGGAGAUGGUGAGCAAGCAAAGCACCUGGAGCAACGACGAGAAACUUGCCGUCCUGGACUGCUGUGCCACUUCGACACCCCAAAUUGAAGUGCUGCUGGGCUGAGCUAAAUCUCUUCUUAGUUUAGGUUAUGUAUUAUGAUGCGGGAUGAUUCUGGGUGCUCUUUGAGAAACUAGAUUGACCCAUGGAUGUACAUCUCAUUUGAUUUAUAUGCUGCUGUGUAGUUCCGUUAAGUUUGGUUAUUUGGGGCUCCCUGCUUAAUUUCUGUCUGUAUUUGCUGAGUAAUGAAAGAGUCACUACUUAUGCUGACUGGAGUAUCCCUCGCUACUCGUGCUUAUUUUUCAAGUUAGUACUACACUUGAAGGACCUCAAGGCGAUACUGUGAGAUGGGAAUGGAAUGAAAUUUCAUCAUAACUGGAUUA